AUGGUCCAAUCUUGCCCAUUCUUUGCACCCUUUUUGGGCAUUCCUGAUGAUUCUGGCGGUGCCAUCAAAUCAGUUUCCGAUGAUGAGGAAGACAAGGCCAUCCGAAAGGUCUCCAGCGCCCGAGCACCAUCUCCAAUGGACCUCCAAGAUGUUGUUGAGGAUAAACCUUUCCAGCAUUAUGCUGACAAAUUUGAAAGGUCUCCCAAGCACACCUAUUGCAACAAUCCAACCCUUGGCGACCUACUAUUGCAAGGAAAUUGCUAUCUCUUCCAUCAGCCUUCUGUCGAUUGGCAGAUGCCUCAAUUUGAUUUCCCUUUAUGGAUGUUCAAAUGUUGUCAUCAUUCCCACAGACAGCUAGGCACAACACCACUGAUCUGCAGCCUCACCAUGCCAAGAUACAAACUACUGGCUCUGACCCUCUUUGCUUCUCCUUAG